AUGGGCUGGUGCGUGGACAGGUCCGCGAUUGGGUCCCCCCUCCGCGUCCUCACGCCCAUGCGCUGCGGGCGACUGGCUCUCCUGCUGGCCCCAAAGCUGGCGCUCGUCAGCACGGCGGGCAAGGCGAGGUCCGCCGCGCCGCUGCGAGAGCUGGUGGGGGGCGCAACCCUCAGCACGGCCCCGGCGCCGGGGCGGCGCGUGGGCGCGUUGGAUGCGCACUGCCGCCUGGGCACACGUGGCACCUCGCCGGAGUCGUCGACGCCCAUGACCGGGCGAUCGUUCGACAUCUUCGAGGGCAGCAACAAGCAGGCCUGGCUGGACCUCAAGACCGGGUGGUGCCACCUGUGCCAGGAGCCGCUGGGCGCGACGAUGGGCGUGCACAUUGGCGAUCGCGACCACACCAACCUGCAGUACUUUCUUUUUCUCUACGCCGCCCACGCCCGGAGCUGGUCGGCGGAGGAAACCCUGCGCUCCUGCCUGCUGACGGCGCCCAGCGUCCACCGCUACGCCACCCGGCACACGACGUGGGAUCACCUGCACGUCAUGGACGACGCGAUACGGCGCGCGGAGCUGGAGGCGCUCCUGUUCUUCCUGACGCAGCCCCCGCAUCAGGCCUUGUCACACGUCCUGCAGGGACGUAGCCCGUUUGGGUUUUGGUACAGCGGGGAACGGAUGUGGAAGCUGCGCAUUUCACGCCUUGUCACGCAGCUGUUCCCGCCGGUCUCAGCGGGAAUGAUGACGAACUUCACGCAGAAGUGUUGGGGCAGGAGCAACGGGGAACGCAUGUACGAUGCCCUGCGUCUGCAGCGCAUCAAGGCCUACUUUGGUUGGCAGCCGUAUGAGAGCAAGGAAAAGAAGGCCUUUUUCGUUCGUCAGCUGCUGUGGGAACUACUCUCGGUGGAGACGCGGGAUGAGGUGGAUGAGUUCACGAAGCACAUGGCGGACUUGGCGUUGCAGCGCAUGACAUUUGAGAUGAUCUUCCUGCAGUCCAUGGAGUACAUGCACAAAGUACAGUACGUGCAUGAACUCAUGGGCCGGCCCACGGUGGAGGAGCUUGCAGCAAUGAAUCUACUCUAG